AUGUUGGUGAACGUUGCUGCGGGUGUCCGAGUGCUCCUUUUGCCCCUGGGCCGAGUGGGGGCGGAAGUUCCUGCUGCGCUGGCCCAGGCGAUAGCGCUCUAUCAGCAGCCCGCUGCGCCUGCGGAGGCAGCCUGGGGGUUAUUUCUGGCGGGGCAGCUGUGCUGUGGUCGGUGUACCCGGAGCGCCGGGGCCUGGCAGGGACGUGGCGGCCUUAUCUCCCUGUCCUCGGGCAAACGCUUCCACUCCAGAGGGAGCCGGGCCGCCAUCCUCUCGCCAUGGGCUCUGGACAAGACGGAUGACUCUCCGGUCGGGCUGAUGCUAUCUCGGGUCUACUGGUGGGACGUGAGGCAGGAGCCACCCCGCUUUUGUAGGCAGGUGCGAGGCAUCCGGCUGUCCUUCCAGGCUUAUCACCACAUCGGAGAUGGUGGCUCCUUUGGGCAAAGCCUGGGGGCCGGCCUGGAAGAGCCCCCCAACAAGGACCCAGAGCAGGGAAAGGAGCCCAUGCACGUGCCUGUGCCGAGCCGGCACGGCCAGGUUCGGCUUGGGCCCCAGGAGGUAGCUGAGGUUGGCACCAGUGGGGCCUCGAGCCUGGAAAUGCCCUGCAGAGUCCUGGUGGACAAGGCGGACAGUGGACAGCGGGCAGCCGGUGUGCAGGUUCGGCAGCAGCCCUGCCAGGCCUGGAGGCCACAGAGGCAACAGCUGCCCACCAUCGUCCUGGGGGACCAGCUAGAUGAGGGGGUGGCCCAAGGAGGCGUGCGCAACAGCAAUGCCCAGAUCAGCAGGCAGAGGGGCAUUGAAGCUGUGGCCCCAGUCCUGGCCACGCGGCAAGCUCCCCGGGCCUCCACUGCGGACAAAGCACCCACCGUGGAAGCGCGGGCCGUGCCUCAAAGCAUCGCCUCUCUGGUUGCAGCAGAGGCCGCAGAGCGUGCUGCCCGCCUGGGCCCCGGGUCCCCCAACCGGGCGAAGCUUCACCGGCUGCUGGAAUCCCCGGCAGGGAUGCACUUCAGCACCGUCACCAGGGACAUGGAAGUGGAACGACCGGUUGCUGCCACCAGCGCCGCUGCAGAGCCCGAGGGCCCCGGGGCCAACUGUGCUCCCACCACCAAGGCCUGGGUAAAGAAUGCGAAGGUGGCCAGCGUGAGCAUGCAUCUUGAGAUGAAGGCUUUGUGGGACGAAUUCAAUCAGCUGGGCAUCGAGAUGAACAUCACCAAGGCUGGCAGGCGCAUGUUCCCCACCUUCCAAGUGAAGCUCUUCGGCAUGGACCCCAUGGCUGACUACAUGCUCCUCAUGGACUUUGUGCCCGUGGACGACAAGCGCUAUCGGUACGCCUUCCACAGCUCCUCCUGGCUGGUGGCCGGGAAGGCAGACCCUGCCACUCCAGGCCGAGUGCACUACCACCCUGACUCGCCUGCCAAGGGCGCACAGUGGAUGAAGCAAAUUGUGUCCUUCGACAAGCUCAAACUGACCAACAACCUGCUGGACGACAACGGCCACAUUAUUCUCAACUCCAUGCACAGAUACCAGCCCCGUUUCCAUGUGGUCUACGUGGACCCGCGCAAAGAUAGUGAGAAAUACGCCGAGGAGAACUUCAAAACCUUUGUGUUCGAGGAGACGCGCUUCACGGCCGUCACUGCCUACCAGAACCACAGGAUCACGCAGCUCAAGAUCGCCAGCAACCCUUUCGCCAAAGGCUUCCGAGACUGCGACCCCGAAGACUGGUGAGUGUCCCGAGGAGACAGCGAGCGCCACCGGGCGCCUGCACGGG